UUCAGGUCCGUGACAGCGGACGGAGGAGGGACGGGGACAAACGGCUGCUCUUUUCAGCAGUAAUCGCUGUUAGUCAGCAUCAGGGAGAAGUCGCUGGCUGCUUUAGUUGCUUCCUCUCUUUGACACACACGCACGGGAGAUGUGAUGGAGCGGAGCCCGGGAGAGCCUUCCUUCGUCAGGGAAGUAGUGUACAGACGAAGAGCAAGUCUCUACGGCUGAUCGGGAAGUUGGUUUUCUCAGAUGACAAUCAGCUGGGAAUAAAUGAGUCGCCUCUCUUCUCAGGGAUUAAAAUUCAUUAUUUAGACUGAUUUUGGUUUCUGUGCUGAAAUGGAGGUUUAAUGAUGCUCAGCCUUCGCUCCGGAUCCUACAUGUUGCUGAUGCAGCUGCUGCGUCUGAAUUGGGGUUCUUCUUUGCCCAUAUUUGGAGUUAUCUGAGCAGGCGGGUAACAUCACGUCCAGGUUCAAAUGACCGUCUAAUGCCCGUGAGUGUGACAAGACGUGACUGUGACAUGGAAAAAACGGGACUCUACAGCAUCCUUUAUUAUUUCAUUAUCAAUUCACCCUUUAUGAUUUGGGCAAAUGCUGCAUUUACUGAAGUCCCUAAAGAUGUGAGUGUGGGGGAGGGAGAGGAUGUUGAGAUGCCCUGCGCCUUUAAAGCUGUCAGCUCAGCACCCAUGUCUUUGGAGAUCCAGUGGUGGUACCUCAAGGAGGAUAUGUCUAAAGAACUGCCUCAUGAGCUGCAGAUCAGUGCUCCGGCUAACAGAAACAAGGAUGGUUCAAGAGAAGCCACAAAAAUAAGUACUGUGCGUGUUCACGGCAAUGCCAUCUCUCACAGCCUCAGCCUGUCCAGGGUGAAAAAAGAUGAUGAGGGGGUGUAUGAGUGCCGUGUUUCUGAUCUGUGGGCUGAUGAAACUCAGGAAUUUACUGUUCACGCCACACUGCAUGUCACACUGGCUGACAGCAUGGUGGCUGAAGAGGCUGUGUCACACAUCCAGAGUCGCGGGCCACUGAGGAAUACCAUCACAGCUCUGGGAGGUGGCUCAGCAUUGAGGGCCACUUCUGAGCCUGGCCAGAAUUUUGCAGGAGGUCAAAUGUCAGGGCCUGGGAAGCACCAGGUGCCUCAGCAGGCUCAACCUGGUCUCCUCCCUCCCUUCAUAUCCACCACCACCUCAGUGGCUCGGUCAUCAGCCUCACCAUUGUCAGGGAAUGCAGUCAUCCUCCGACAGCAAUACGGGGCUGACUGCAGUGUGAUGAGCACCAUGGACCCCCUCCUGUGCGUCACUCUCCUGUUCAUCCAUAGUUUCCUCCCACUGGUGCUGGCCCACUGAAGAGACUUCAGCUAAACUUAUGUCAACCUGCAGAAUUUUCACUUUCUGUCACAAACAGAAACCUCGCAGCAGUCAGUGCUCACCAGAAAGAGUGGUGCACAUUUAAUCAGUGUACAUGUAUGGUGUUGCAACACAUCACUGCUCGGAGUAAUCGCAAUUCAAGACAGAAUGCAGGAGCCUGACACACAAGACUGGAUAAAACAGGAAAGAUCCUCCUCUGUCAUGGGUGGAGAUAAAGCUUUACGACUGCUGAUAGUGGACAAAAGAAAUGAACUAACAGUAAUAAAUGCAGAAUCAUGUAUAAUCCACAGAAAGCCUGUGCAGUGUCCCCUCUGCACUCAAACACUCCUCACUGCCCACCCACAUCCCUUCACUGUGAUUCCACUGCUCAUCUGAUAUGAUCAGGAAGAUAUGUGACCACGUCUUUUUCUUUCAGAGGUGUUCACAAAGACCUGCCAAUAUACUUUAUUUUUCUGCUGCCAUAUCAAGUUUGUCAUUAUGUAGUGCUACUGUUCAGUGAGUGUGUUUGUCUAAUGUGUUAUGCCCACCUUCUUCCACACACACGCAUACACAUAUUGUCUCAUACUUGUGUUCCAUAUUUAAUACACUGAUAUAUUUUUAGUAAGAUAAGGCAUACUUUACCACUGAUGCUAAUAACCUCCAAUUAUGUUUAUUUUUAUUAAAUAUUUGGUUCAUUUCUAUUACAUGACAUGAUUUACUUAAGACAGCAGUUGAGAGUAGUUUGUUUUCCUAAUAAAAGGUAGACUACAAACUUCUGCAUGUAAAAGCUUUUCUUUCACCACUGGGACACAGAGAAUAACAGUCAGUAAUUCUUCCUACUCAGAGCUUCAUGUUAGGAAAACUGCUUCACUGCAAUAAAAUCUAAUUUGAUGUCAACAUUCUUCAUCUCAACAGCUCUCUGGGACCAUCUCUUAACAAAAUGUUUUUCAAGACAAAGGGACCGGAUUUUCAGGUAAUUUCCCGGUGCUAAUAUUUGGGUGACCUUUGACCUGUAAUAAAGAACAUUGACGGUAGGUUGAGAACUCAAAGGCAGCACACAGAGUUAAAGGUACAGAGUCUGUUUACUUAACCAAGUGCAAAAGAAGGUCUUCACGAAUCAAAGAAGUCACCAAAUCCAAAGGGAGCAGGAAACAGAGAAAAAGAAUCACAGGUGGACAGAACAUAAGAAACGGGUGAGACGAAUGUUUCUAAUUUUAUAAAUAUUGCACAAAUGGAAUCCUACAUAUUUGUUUAAUAUGUGCAUUGAAGGACAUAUACUGGUCAAAAAUGACUCCAAGAUUCCUUACAGUGUUGCAAGGUAAUGCCAUCCAGAUAAGUAUCUGAUUAGACGUCAUGUUGUAGAGCAUAAUACAAUAAUUUCAUUUUUUUUUCUGAAUUUAGAAGGAAAUUAGAGGACAUCAUUGCCUUUAUCCCUUUAAGACAUUCCUGCAGUUUAACUAAUUGGUGUGUGUCAUCCAGUUUCAUGGAUAGAUAAAGCUGGGUAUCAUCUGCAUAGCAAAUGUCUGAAGUGUUUUCUAAUGAUAUUGCCUAAUGUAUAGUGUUAAAAAAAAUAUUGUGUGUGAAGAAGACUCCCUAUUUAGAUGAACAAAUUUGAGUCUAUUAGAUAGAUAUGAUUCAAACCACUGCAGUGCAGUACUUUUAAUACCUAUGGCAUGCUCUAAUCUCUGUAAUAGAAUAUUAUAGUUUACAGUAUUGAAUGCUG